AUGGAGGAGGUAGACUGGACUGAAUGUUCGUAUGAAGGUAUGAGCUAAACAUCUUGUCGAAUUUGUUUUCAGAAGCAAGAGCAGUUCUCAAGAAGUGGAGGGAAGAUCAUGAACGAAGGUCUGAGGAAACAGUUGAGAUCUGGGAGCAUAUCCUUUCUUCUUACUACAAUUCUUUGGGCGAUGAACUUUGGGCCAUCUUGGAGCAGGUAGCCAUAGCUGCUUUGGAUUCGAAUCGACAAGAUCUUGCACUGGAAUGUCUUCAGACAUUGAAUAAACAGUUCCCGAAUAGUGCCAGAGUCACCAAGCUACAGGCGUUGAGAUUAGAAUCCCUUGGAAAAUACGAAGAUGCUACAUAUCUUUAUGACAGUCUCUUGCGGCUCGAUGAAACUAAUUUGGUAGGUGUUCAAAAGGGCAUGGUGAUGCAUUGACGAUAUCAUGCAGACAAUUUUCGUCUUUAGAGUCUUCGAAAGCGUAAAAUAGCCAUCGAAGUAGCACAAGGAAAUAAGAUUGAGGCUAUUAAGAUGCUGGAUGAAUAUCUGCACUCUUUUGUCAAUGAUUCCGAAGCAUGGGCCGAACUUGGAGAGCUAUAUCUUCAAGAAACUGAUCUCCUCAGGGCAAUCUUUUGUUUCGAAGAAGUUUUGUUGGCAUCUGUGAGUUUAUUUGUAUUUUUUUUUUGAUACCCCUUUGUUUUAGCCGAACAAUAGCGCCUUAUAUUGUCGAUUGGGUGAGCUGAGAUAUACACUGGCUGGUCAGGAUAACCUUGAGAUCUCCAGAAAUUAUUUUGAAAAGUCCGUGAAACUAAAUCUGAAUGCCCGAUCUCUUUAUGGUUUAAUUUUGGUAAGUUUUUUUUUCUUUAUGAUUACCUUAAAUUUCAAUUUUAGACUUGCAAUUCCUUAUUAAGCAAAGCUACUGGCCAAAAACGUCGGGAGAUUGUUCUAUCAGGGCAGACUGCAAUCGAGAAGUUGAUCAAUUUAUACCAAGAGAAAGGCGAGAAUCAGAACUCUUCAAGAUGUAUCAAAGUCAUAGAGUCUUUCAAGACCCAGUUCAACUAA